GUCGCUCUCCCUUUCCCACCCUGGACCCAUUCAUGUCUGAGGGAGGCGGCGGCGGCGGCGGCGGCGGCAGCAGCAGCAAGCGAGCGCCUUCUCCUCAGGAGGACGACGAGGAAGAGGGCAGCGCCGAGGAGGUGCCCAGCUGGAGAGGCUGGUCGCCGCCGGCCUCGCUCGCGCCGCUGUCUUCUCCGGCCGUGGCGUGAAGGCGGGCGGCCGGGCGGGCCGGCGGGGGGCGAAGCGUGUGAGCCCAGCCGGGGCGCCCUCCCCUCGCCCUCGCCGCCCCGCCAGCCUUGUGCCAGGCAGCCCCCUCCUCCCAUGCCCGGCUGCGCCCCGCGAUGACUCUGAGCGCGGAGAUGUCCGAGGCCGCGUCUGCCUUGGCUGAGGAGACAGACAUCGACGUGGUGGGCGAGGGGGACGACGACGACGACGAGGGAGACGACGAGGACGACGAGGACGACGACGACGAGCCCCUCCGCCGCCGGCCUUACGAGGAGGACGAGGACGAGGAGGCCGCCUCGCUGCCUGAGGCGCCCGGGGCGCGCGGGCCAGGAGGAGAGUCCCCCGGCUCCGGCUCGCCUUCCUCCUCGUCGUCGUCUUCCUCCUCCUCUUCUUCUUCUUCUUCCCCUCAGGGCUCUUUCCGAGGCGCCUCAGGGGGCGCCGGCGUCCCGGCGGGCGCCAAGAACAGCCUGGUGAAGCCGCCUUACUCGUACAUCGCCCUCAUCACCAUGGCCAUCCUGCAGAGCGCCAAGAAGCGCCUGACGCUGAGCGAGAUCUGCGAGUUCAUCAGCGCCCGCUUCCCCUACUACCGCGAGAAGUUCCCCGCGUGGCAGAACUCCAUCCGACACAACCUGUCGCUCAACGACUGCUUCGUCAAGAUCCCGCGCGAGCCGGGCAACCCGGGCAAGGGCAACUACUGGACGCUCGACCCGGAGUCGGCCGACAUGUUCGACAACGGCUCCUUCCUGCGCCGCAGGAAGCGCUUCAAGAGGCAGCCGCUGCUGCAGCCGCCCGACCUGCUCCUCAGGGGGCUCGAGCCCGCCGCCGCCGCCGCCUUCCUCCAAGCGGCGCAGCAGCACCCCAACCAGGCGCCUCCUCCGCCGCCGCCGCGGCAGCAGCAGCACCCGCCGCCCGCGCCUCCGCCUGCCCCCUUCGCUUACGGGCCCUAUAGCUGCGCCUACGGCCUGCAGCUGCCGCCUUACCCGCCUCCCUCGGCUCUCUUCGCCUUCCAGCCCCAGGCGCGGCCGCCGCCUCCUCCUCCGGCCGCCGGGCCCGUCCUGCCGGCUGCGCCGCCCGCGCUGCUGCCUCCCGCCGCUGCCGCCUCUCCUGCGGCCGACCUGGCCAGGACUACCAGCUUCGGCUACCCGGCGCAGCUCAGCCCGUCUCUCGCGGCCUCCUUGCAGGCGGCGGCCGCCAAGAGCAGCUCGGCGCUGGCCAGGUCGCCUUUCUCCAUCGAGAGCAUCAUCGGCGGCGCCGGCGGCGGCGGGGGCUUGAGUCCCCUGGCCGCCAGCAGCUGCGCCUCGCAGGCGGCCGUCCUGCCCGUCCUGGCCAGGUCCCUGAUGGCCUCGUCGCCUGCGCUCGCCUCGCCGCCGCCGCCUCCGUCCUCUUCCGUCGCCGCCUCGCUGGGGACUCUGCACCAAGGGGCAGCCUUGGCCAACGUCGAGAACUUUACUGCUAGGAUUUCCAAUUGUUAAAAACAAAACACACAAAAAACUGUCUAGCUGAAGGUAGGACCCAGUGGGGCUGUUUUUGCUCUUUUUUUCCCGUCUAAAGAAGGCAAAGAAACUUUUUGUUUCUAUUUUUUAUUUAGGCCACAUUUUGUUUGUUUGUUUGUUUUGUCUUUCGGCCCACCUGGCUCGGUCCACUUCAGUACCUCCUAUUUAUGCAAAGCCAUUUCGAUAUGCUGCAUAGGCAGAAAGAUUAAAUGUCAAAGAAGUGGCCCUUAAUUCUUUCCUUUAACAAACACGCGCGUUCUAAAUAAAUCAUUCCAAGGCAGAGAUUACCGGGUCCAAGGAUUAAAUUAAAUUACAGCUAAACUACAACAAUUCCCCCCCCCAAAAAAAUAACGAUGAAUAGGAGUAAGGGGGGACGACAAAAAGAAGCUUUACCCAUCUUCUUUCAUUGUAGUUCACUUGUCUUAUGUACUUUUAUAUAUGAAAAAAAAAUUAACAUGUUUACACAGAAGAAAGUCGAGAUUAUCAAUUCUUAUUUUAACCUGUGUUUGUUUUUGUAUCAUAAUAGGCUUGUGGAGUUUUUCUUUUCUUUUAUACUUUGUGCAUAUUCUUUACCAGGAAUAUUGUUAAAAUUACUGCCGAGUAUUAUUGUACCAUUCUAAUUGUAAAACAAAAACAACAAAAAACCACUUUUUUAAACACAUUUUUGAAAAUAAAGCAAUAAAUUUUCAACAAAAUUAAUUCCACAAUUGGCUUUAGACCUUCACCUAUUUAGUGCUUUGCCCUAUGAACUUCUAACCUAUAAUUAUGAUCCUGGGAAUACGAUUUAUUUUUUUAAAAAAUAAUCCAGAGUAGAUUAAUAAUCUGUGCUUGAAAAGAAAGAGUGCAAAAUGUCUUUCCACCAAAUAAUUAACUCAGAAGAAUCCUCCACAAUCUAGCAAUGUUGGAGGGCGCCCCCUUUUACUUAAACCCCCCCACCCCUUCAUUUAAUGUUGGACCCCAUGUUGCUCAAUGGGACUGGUACCCUAAACAUGCGGGUUUAGUAGGAAGAAAGUUUUCCUUUGCUUUCAGUUGGGCUUCUAAAUAGGUACUCAGGAUCGCGGCCAUCUUGAAAAUUCUCUCUGGGGAAGUUCAGCUGGAAUGAAAGGGACUUGCUUUCUAGUCAGACAUGACGCCAACCAGCUUAAAUUCUGGACCGCAUUAAACUUCACUCACUCACGAUUUUCAAGCCUUCACAAAUAAAUUUUAAAAAUACGUGGGUAUACCCGAGCAAUGACUAACCAAAGAAAACAAAGUAACUGUUUUGGUGAUGGAUAAUUUCGGCCUUCUGCAGGCUAUAAUCUUCUAUAAAUACACCUUUUUUGUAUUUGAAUCAAAUAAAUGUAGAUUCUUUUAA